CGCUGUCUAAUUUACUCCGUACUUUUCUUCUCACGGCGUCGCAACCUUCACUUCUGCUGGCGAUCCGCCGAGGCACCAAAUCCCUCCUCCUUUCAAGUAGUCCUCAUCACCGCCGCCCGCCCCUUCGCCGCAGACGAAUACUACUACUGGAUUGACAUCUCAUUUUCAUAUUUGUGCGGUCUCCAAAGUUCUUUGCCGAUCGGAUUGCUGAGUGAGGAUUUCGCUACAAUUUCACCUGGUUGAUUCUUCAUCUCCUUCGGAUCUCUGUGUUAAAUGUUGAAAAUUUCAUCUCAGCUGCACCAUUUGGUGGAAAUAAAGCGUAAUUCGUCUUAAGGUUCCAUCAGCGUAUGAUCUAGGUUUCACUCUUCAUCAGCAACAAGGCAAGAUCAAAAUUCAGCGAUCAGGAUCGGGGGGUGACUUGCCCCCAGGCGGCGAGUUCAACCCUUUUCCUGUGGCUCAAAGGAUAAAUUCCUUCCAAACUGUUCCAAUGGAUGAUGAUAUUGAAGGGUUAGGCCCUUACCAAGAAAGGCCUAGAACAUUUCCAAACAUGCGCACCAAAUCUCAAGCACCAUGGUUUUUUCGUGUUCUCUUGAGGAUGAAUUUUCGCGUCCUUUUAGUGCUUCUACUCUUUUGUGUUGGAGGCAUAUUUUACAUUGGUGCAAGCACCUCGCCAAUCAUCGUGUUCGUGUUCUCAGUUUGCAUAAUCAGUUCCGUCAUGUCAAUUUAUCUUGCGAAAUGGGUGCUUUUAAAGGAUGAGGGGCCUCCCGAGAUGUCUCAGAUAUCAGAUGCAAUACGUGAUGGAGCUGAAGGCUUCUUUAGAACUCAGUAUGGGACUAUAUCUAAAAUGGCACUAUUACUUGGACUGGUUAUCCUAGGCAUAUAUCUUUUCCGAACAACAACUCCUCAACAAGAAGCGUCUGGAAUAGGCCGGUCAGCAACUGCAUACAUUACUGUUAUUGCCUUCCUUUUUGGGGCUUUAUGCUCCGGAAUUGCUGGUUAUGUUGGUAUGUGGGUGUCUGUACGUGCAAAUGUUCGUGUCUCUAGUGCAGCAAGGCGUUCAGCAAGAGAGGCUUUGCAGGUAGCUGUUCGUGCUGGAGGGUUUUCAGCCUUGGUAGUUGUUGGUAUGGCUGUAAUGGGUGUUGCUAUCCUUUAUGCAAUUCUUUAUGUGUGGCUAGGGGUAGAUUCACCUGGUGGAAUGAAGGCAGUAGAUUUGCCUCUACUUCUUGUUGGGUAUGGUUUUGGCGCUUCAUUUGUUGCCCUUUUUGCUCAGCUUGGUGGUGGAAUAUAUACAAAGGCUGCUGAUGUUGGUGCUGACCUUGUUGGAAAAGUAGAACAGGGCAUUCCUGAAGACGAUCCUCGUAAUCCUGCUGUUAUUGCAGAUUUGGUCGGAGACAAUGUUGGUGAUUGUGCUGCCAGGGGUGCUGAUCUUUUUGAAAGUAUUGCUGCAGAAAUUAUUAGUGCAAUGAUACUUGGUGGAACUAUGGCCCAUCGCUGCAAAAUUGAAGGUGAGGAAUUUAUUGUAAUUGGUGCUAUAGAGGAUCCUAUGGCAAUUCUUCAAAAGGGAUAUUCUAUUACAAUAAUUUUAGCUGUUUUGACCUUUGGACUGUCCACUCGGUGGUUAUUAUACACAGAACAAGCACCUUCUGCCUGGCUGAAUUUUGCACUCUGUGGGUUGGUUGGAAUUAUUACAGCAUAUGCGUUUGUUUGGAUAACUAAGUACUACACUGACUAUAAACAUGAACCUGUGCGCACCUUGGCUCUUUCUAGUUCAACAGGACAUGGAACUAACAUCAUUGCUGGUGUUAGUUUGGGUCUGGAAGCUACAGCUCUACCUGUCCUUGUCAUCAGUGUAUCCAUUGUCUCAGCUUUCUGGCUGGGUCGUACGUCAGGACUGAUUGAUGAUGCCGGAAAUCCGACUGGUGGUUUGUUUGGUACAGCUGUAGCAACAAUGGGAAUGCUGAGUACCGCAGCAUAUGUGCUUACCAUGGACAUGUUUGGUCCAAUAGCCGAUAAUGCUGGUGGAAUAGUUGAGAUGAGUCAACAGCCAGAAAGUGUUCGUGCAAUAACUGAUGUUCUUGAUGCGGUUGGAAACACUACUAAAGCCACAACCAAAGGAUUUGCUAUUGGAUCUGCAGCCUUGGCAUCAUUUCUUCUGUUCAGUGCAUACAUGGAUGAGGUCGCUGCAUUUUCUAAUGUACCUUUCAAGCAAGUUGAUAUAGCAAUACCUGAAGUAUUUGUUGGUGGAUUAUUGGGCUCUAUGCUUAUUUUUCUAUUCAGUGCAUGGGCUUGUUCGGCAGUUGGUCGGACUGCUCAAGAAGUUGUCAAUGAAGUCCGAAGACAAUUCAUUGAGAGGCCAGGAAUAAUGGACUACAAAGAGAAGCCAGAUUAUGGUCGAUGUGUAUCUAUUGUUGCAUCAGCAUCUUUAAAAGAGAUGAUAAAACCAGGAUCCUUGGCCAUUAUAUCACCUGCAGUUGUUGGCUUUCUGUUCAGGAUGCUGGGAUAUUACACGGGGCAACCACUGCUUGGGGCAAAGGUCGUAGCAUCAAUGUUGAUGUUUGCAACCGUGUCUGGUAUUCUGAUGGCUCUCUUCCUCAACACUGCUGGUGGCGCAUGGGAUAAUGCCAAGAAGUACAUUGAAACCGGUGCCCUUGGUGGCAAAGGGAGCGACUGUCACAAAGCAGCAGUUACUGGCGAUACGGUAGGAGAUCCUUUCAAAGACACAGCUGGACCAUCGCUGCAUGUACUCAUAAAAAUGCUUGCAACAAUUACUCUGGUAAUGGCUCCUAUUUUUCUAUGAAGAGAUUAGAAAACAAAACAUACUCCGUGUAGUUUCUUCUUCUUCUUCAAGAAUUCAGCUAGACAUUCUCGGGACUCUUCGUGUACAUUCCAUAUAUAUGGGCAAUUUUUCAUGUCGUACGAAUUUUCCCACCAUUUUUGGAUUUCGGCUCUUCCUUUUGCACACCCGCGCAACACCUUCUGAAUCUCUCUGUGGUACCAAUGGAAAGGGUGG